GCACCUGCUGCCGAAUUAUCUGGCGCCCAGAGUUGUCCCUGGCGUAAUCAGUCGAUUUCGAGAGUGGGCGAGAUGGGUAUGUUAUGAGAGAGCUGGAAGCUCGAAGAAGUUGCCAAUUGAAAGAUACAAGUUCAACCCGCUUGUGCAUACUGCCCUUGAGCUCACUGAGCAUCAUCCCAAUUUGUAUCUACUAUCUUGUGCAUUUCAUCCUUGCAGAGGGCUCCUUGCUUCAAGUGAAAGCUAUCUUGAUGAGUGUUCUAGGAAUAACGUUCCUCGCGUGCUACACAGUAGAGGGCCAGUGGAUGAGAGAUAAUCCAGCGGCCCUGAUCUCAACUCAAGGGAGGAUGUCAGAAGAAGCGACACCUGCAAUUCGAAGAGGCUCAUUUUCGGCCAGCCGAUCAUAUUGCCGCCGAGUUGAGCGCUUACUCCAUCAAAGGCGGACGCGCUGCGAAUGGGAGAUUGACCGAAUCGAUUGAUGGAUCAUGUGAAAGCGUCAUUGUGAUGGGUU